CUCGCUUAAACGACGGCCCUGUUUCUAGACUACCAGACUGCUACUGACAACUCCAGUGCUUUCAUAUUUUCUGACAAAGGGAACGUGCCAUUUUUUAACAUCAUGAUCCUGAACUUUAUAUAUCAGUGCUUUGAUUUUAAAAGCUGGAUCAUUUUAAGUUUUGUUUUACUGCUUCUUGCAGAUAUUAUCAAAUAUAGGAAUCCUUCCAGGUUCCCCCCAGGACCCUGGCCUUUACCAUUCCUGGGAAAUGUCUUCACUGAGAUAGAUUUUAAGAACAUGGAUAAGUUGGCUGAUGUCUACGGGAAGGUGUUCAGCCUAAGAGUGGGCAGUGAUAAAAUGAUAAUCGUGUCUGGAUAUAAAAUGGUAAAGGAGGCCCUCAUUACUCAGAUUGACAGUUUCGUUGACCGUCCAAAUGUCCCACUGUUUCAUAAAACAUUUAAGGGACUUGGUACAAUACUGAGUAAUGGAUACCUGUGGCGGAUGCAUAGGAAGUUUGCUGUCUCCCAUUUGCGGACCUUUGGAGAGGGGAAGAAAAGUCUUGAGCUCAGUAUCCAACAAGAGUGUGUCUACCUUUGCGAUGCGUUUAGGGCAGAAAAGGCUCCUUUCAACCCCAUGGUCACCUUAAACAGUGCUGUUUCAAAUAUCAUCUCGUGCUUGAUAUUUGGACAACGUUUUGAUUAUCAUGAUGAAUGUUACCAAAGAAUUCUGCGUCUUGACACCGAAUGCAUUCAGUUAGCAGGCUCUCCUAGAGCACAGCUGUAUAAUGUGUGUCCUCGGCUCUUGGAAUAUUUACCUGGCCCCCACCAGACUAUUUUUUCCAACUAUAAGAAGAUCACAGACUUCCUGAGAGGAGAGAUCAUCAAACACAGAGAGGACUGGGACCCUUCAAACCCACGUGACUUUAUAGACAACUACCUGACUGAGAUGGAAAAGAAAAAGAGUGACCCUGAGGCUGGUUUUAACAUAGAAGGGUUAGUGGUGACUUCUCUAGACCUAAUUGAAGCCGGGACAGAAACCGCAACUACAACAUUGCGCUGGGGUCUGCUUUUUGUUAUCAAGUUCCCAGAAAUACAAGAAAAGGUCCAGGCAGAGAUCGACAUGGAGAUUGGACAGUCACGUCAACCUUGCUUGGCUGACAGAGAUAAUAUGCCAUACACUGAUGCUGUUAUCCAUGAGAUUCAAAGAUUUGGGAAUGUUGUUCCCCUGGGAUUCCCUAAACAAGCUGUUAAAGACACAAUACUAGGGGGGUACUUCAUUCCUAAGGGCACCUCUAUAACAACAAACCUGUCUUCAGUCCUGCAUGAUCCAAAUGAAUGGGAAACCCCAGACACCUUUAACCCAGGACACUUCCUGGAUGAAAAUGGCCAGUUUCGGAAGAGAGAUGCCUUCAUACCGUUUUCAGCCGGUAAGAGAGCGUGUUUGGGAGAGCAGCUGGCUCGUCAGGAGCUCUUCUUAUACUUCACCUCCCUGCUGCAGCAAUUCACCAUCUCCAAAUGUCCAGGAGAGGAACCCAGUUUGGAGGGCGAGAUAUGGUUCACAUAUGCUCCUGCUCCCUUCCGCAUUUGUGUGUCCUCACGUUAGA